AUCCCAUUUUGCCAGCACUUCAGCAGCACUGGAGAUCGUCUGACUCUAAGCGGCAUCAUAAAUGGACAACCAUUCAGGCUGUUCUUACAUCUGAAAAAGGGCUAUCCCAUGGCAGCAGCAGGAGGACCAUUUCAGGCCAUAACCAAAGCCACGGUGAGCCCCGCAGAAGAAGACAGUGUGAGGAAAGAGGCUGAGCUGCUGCUAAAGCCGGAUGCCAAGUGGGAGGAGCUCUUCAUGCCAGCCCCCGCCUCUGUUGCCAUCCUGGGGGAACUGGCAUGCCUCUGUGCAAGGCAAAAAGCCGAUGUGUCCAUCAAAGAGAACUGCCCUGAAGAUGGAUUUAAAUACAUCAAACACCCCGAAUCCUUCAGGGCUUGUUUGCAUCAAAUGUGUGACCGAACAGGGGAGGCCUUGAAUCAACUUUAUGUCAAAAUGGACGGGAGCCGCCUGCAUUCCAUGUUUGUCUCACGGAAGAUGAACCAAAUCACCCAGGGCUUCUUCCAAAAUGCUCAAGCAGGAAGGGACCAGCUCCAGAGUGGGAGACAGAACAUACAGAACAAAGCAGAGAAGUGCACAGAGUCGGCUCAGGCAAUGAGGGACGUGGUCUCGGAGGUGAUUUCCCUGGCGCAGGAGAUGUUGCUGGCCUGUCAGGAGGCUGAGCACGGCUGUGAGCAGGACCUGACGGAUGUGCAGCAGAAGCUCAGAAAGGCAAAGGAGAUGGAGCAGUCGGUCAGGAAGGCUAUGGAGGAUGCUCAGUUGAAGCAAAAGCUGACAGAAGGGAACAUAAAGCAGGCUCUUAGUAAGAUUGAAAAAGCUCUGACCAUCAGUUUUGCUUCAUGUUGUGACAUCAGCUCAGGUGUGAGUGAUAAAACUGAGUGGAUAAAAGAGCAAAUAUCGAAAGUGGAGAGCAGAGGGGAGGCACUGAGAGGGUCCCAGGCAGAAGAGCACAGAAGUUUUGAGAACACCAUUAAGCUGAUGAAAGAGCAGACAGAACUCCUCUGUGAGUUGAAGGCGAGUGAGAUGAGCGAAAGAGAUUUGGAGACAACUAAGGAGAUGCUAAUCGAACGGCGGGUUGCCCUGGCCAAGGCAGAGGAGCAGUGGGAGAAGAUGCUGCAGUUAUCCUGUAUGAUCUCCAACCUGAUCCAGUUCUGCUUCACCUGGGACAUUGAGGAAUGUUUAGCUUCUGCCGAAGGCAUCCAGCAGGCCACUCAUGCAUUUAAUGCUUCCAAUGUGGCUUGGAUGCUGUACAUGAUCACCAAGAUAUUCACCCAAGUUUAUACAGACCAUCUGCUAGACCUGCUCCACAGCUCAGGGAAAAUCCUCACUCUGGAACCUUCCGAUCCCGAUUUUAGUUCGGAGCAUGCUAAGAUAGACAGGGGCUGUGCGGAGGCCCAGAAAGCUAUUUCCAGCCUUGUGCUGGAGAUGAAGGAAGAGUUCAAGAGGAACUUAACUGCUGGGCAGGAGACAAUUGAGAAGAUGAAGGCCGCGCAGCACCCAUGAACCUGAAAGCAAUUUACGGGGCUAAUUCAAAGUAGGAUUAGGAUGAAUUUGGUGUCCCACUUACAUCCCAGCUGUUGGGAAGAGCACUACAAUUAAGUGGUUAACGAUUCCUGCCCUUUUAUUUUGUGUUUUGCUGAAUGAUCGCCAUCAGCCACUCUUGAAGCUCACUUUAGAAAAGCUCCAUUCCUCUCCUACUUGGGAGAUAAAAACAAAAGAUGCUUCAUUGAGUUUACAUCUCCUGCAGGCACCAAGGCAGAAUUCUUCCCUUCAGGCUUUUCCCCCAGGGCUAUGGCUUUAAAGGUCCCAAGGGAUGAAGGUCUCAUACCACCUGCCCCCAUUCCAAAGAUCCCUCAAAAAUAUUACCCCUAUUACAUACAUAGACAGGUCUUGAAUGGGUCCCUCUGCCAGAGAUGGGUCUGUGCCGCUCCUGC